GUGCUUCCAUUAAGGUGAUUUUAAAACUUCCCCAAUGGUGUCAUUGAACAUUUUACGAACGGUAGGCUCAUUCCGGACGCUGCCACUCACAGGCCGGCUCGUGACCAAUCAACCGGCCGCUUUCAAUGCUGUUACAUGUCCAGCACGCUGUUUGGUUGUGGGCUUGGCGAAGGACUCAUGGACAAGCAAGAAGACCCUCAGAGGCACAAGGAGUGACAACGAGUUGAAUCGCUACUUCUGGGGCGUCACGACAGUCAGGAGUUACAGCACAUCCAAUGUCCAAAUGAACUGCUGGAAGUGUAAAGAACCUUUGAAGGAACUCCCUACAUUCUUCUGCUCGUCCUGCAAAGUAGUCCAACCUCCUCAUGAGGGAGUAUCCUUCUUCAGCAUCAUGGACUGUGAAGACACAUUUGCACUGGACACGCACAAACUGCAGAAAAGAUACUUGCUGCUCCAACGCUCCCUUCAUCCAGACAACUUCAGCCAGAAAUCUGCGGAAGAGCAAGAGUAUUCCGAACACCAGUCAGCGCUCGUCAAUAAGGCCUACAAGACUCUGCAGAAGCCUCUGAGUCGCGGCCUCUAUUUGCUGGAGCUGAAGGGAAUGCGCAUCGACGACGGCACAGAUUCAGGGGUAGAUGCCGAGUUCCUGUUUGAGCUGAUGGAGAUCAAUGAAGCCCUCGAACGGGCCCAGACGCCAGAGGAAGCCGAUGAGAUCAGUCGAGACACAAAAUGGAAACUGAAAGGCUUGACAGCGGAGAUAGACGGCGCCCUGCGUGCAGGAGAGCUCCAAACUGCCAAGGCACUGCUUGCCCAAAUGAAAUACUUCUCAACUAUUGAAGAGAAAGUUAAGGAAAAACUUUCCGGAUACAUGUGAUUUCACUUUGAAAACGUUUUGCACCAUGAUGACUUUGCAUUGCUGUACAUGUGAUGUUCAUAAAUAUUAAAGAACCUUCAACUGAA